CAGCCGAACUGUCCCGAACUUGAGGAUCUGUCGAGAGAGAAAGAAAAAAAUGGAAGGCCUGCCUGAUGUUGCUUCUUUUUCAACUAAACUUAAAAACACUCUCCUCCAGUACCAUAGCAUUGAAGAUGAUAAGUGGCGAGUCACAAAGAAAAUGAAAGAUGUAACAGUUUGGAGAAAACCUUCGGAAGAAUUUAAUGGAUAUCUCUACAAAGCCCAAGGUGUUGUAGAUGACACGGUCAAUAGUGUAAUAGACCACAUACGCCCAGGGCCCUGGCGCUUGGAUUGGGACCGCUUAAUGACUUCAUUGGAUAUUGUGGAGCACUUUGAAGAGAAUUGCUGUGUGAUGCGUUACACUACUGCUGGUCAGCUUUGGAAUAUAAUUUCUCCAAGAGAGUUUGUUGAUUUCUCCUACACUGUGGCCUAUGAAGAAGGACUUUUAUCCUGUGGAAUAAGUCUUGACUGGAGUGAAAAGAGACCAGAAUUUGUUCGAGGAUAUAACCAUCCCUGUGGUUGGUUUUGUGUUCCACUUAAAGACAAUCCAAAGCAGAGUCUGUUGACGGGUUAUAUCCAGACAGAUCUCCGUGGAAUGAUUCCUCAGUCUGCAGUUGACACAGCCAUGGCAAGCACUCUGACCAACUUCUAUGUCGAUUUACGGAAAGCCUUACAAAAGGCAUAAUACGCUCAAACUUGUAAAACUGUGAUCUGCUGAAUCAGCGCUUUCCCUCAGCUGCAUGGCCUGUAAAAGUCAUUGACUCCUCUCCUCAAUAUAGCCUGAAGAAACACUUGAGACGUUUUUGGUUUAGUAGUACAGUGUCUUAUUUCUCUCCUAAUGUAAGUAGCUAUCUAAGAGAGCAUUUCAGUUUCUUCACCUUUAUUUACAUAUUGUUUGGUAUGGCAGCGUGUAGGAAUGGGGAGUAU